AUAUAUAUAUAUAUAUAUAUGCCAUAUAUAUGUGCCAUAUAUGUCAUACAUAUGCCAUAAAUUUCUGAUAUUAGCUGCAAAGUAGCCCUUGCUUAAGUUCUUCAGGACAGAGAUGUGAGAGAAAUACACAGCAUGGAAGGGGAACCAGAGAAAUAUUUGUAUAAAAUAUAAAAUAUUGAGAGAAUCAAAUGUUCACUCACACUGUUAAGUAGCCAGUUCAAUGGUCUUUUAUCUAGGUACAGGAAUAAUCCACAAGAAAAAAAUAAUGAACUUUUAUUACCAUAAAAGUCAACAAUAAACACUAGGCUGAAAGGGCCCUGGUGAAAAUGUUCGUUCGGAUUGUGUGAAUUAAAGCAUACACACUCAAGAGAUGUUGAGACAGGCCGCUGUUUUAUUAUAUUUGAAAAUUAGUUUUUAGGUCACCGUGCUUAAUCCCCGAUAAACCUGAUGUGCCUUUUAUAACACAAUGCUAACCCAUGGGAUUCCUUCCCAGGUAAGUACCGUAUGUGUAGUAUGGGAGCCUUAAAGGCUGAAAUAUGACGAUCCAGAGAGACCAAAGUGCACUGGGUGCAUCAAACGAUUAAAUUAAGAUAUUGUAAGAGAAGCUGCUUCAGAUUUCAAUUACCCCAGGUCACACAAUCGCCUCUUUUUUCCUUCCUGCCCUGUUAACGAUCAAUUUUGAGUCAGAUUAUUCACGUCAUAUUUACAGUACUGGUGAAAGAGACCCUUGUAUUCCGUUUGUCUUUAAAAUAACUAGCUUUCAAAGGAAAGAAAAUCAUCUUUCCCUCAACGGAAAAUAAGCAUCCUAGGAACUAGACCGUUUUAUUUAUUUGUGUAUAUUUGUUCAGUCAGGCAUGCGGGUGACCUCACUGUUAGUUUCCUAAGAUGCUCUUCUGAUCUGCUGCAACUUUGUUUUCCUAUUCCAUUAUUAUUAUUAUUAUUAUUAUUAUUAUUAUUAUUAUUAUUAUUACUACUACUACUACUACUACUACCCUUUUCUCAUCAGCAUUCUCUGCUCAGUGGAUGGUACCCGCCUCUCUAGGGCUGUCAAGGGAUGAGGACAUUUUAAAAAUAAUUAAAUGACGCUUAAAAAGGGGAACAGAAAAGCAAGCCAACCAGUCAGCCCCAUUUCAAAUCCCCGGGGAUGUAUCAGAGAGAAGCAAAUUGCGCGUUGCCAUUAAUGUGGCCUAUCUGGGACCACUGCUCUCUCUUGAUGCCACUGCGACUGUCCUCUCAUUCAUUAAUGGCCUGAAAAUCAGGGAAGACAUAAGGGGAUCCUCCUCGAAUGGUCUUUUCCUUUCAGAAAGAUCCUUGAAUCCCUCCCAGGGCCCUUCUACACAGCCAUAUAACCCAGAAUAACAAGGCAAAAAUCCCACAAUAUCUGCUUUGAAGUGAGUAAUCUGAGGGCCCUUCCACACAGCCCUAUAUCCCAGAAUAUCAAGGGGAAAAAUCCCAGAAUAUCUGCUUUGAACUGCGUUAUCUGAGUCCACACUGCCAUAUAUUCCAUUUCAAAGGAGGAAAUGUGGGAUUUUAUGCAGCUGUGUGGAAAGGGCCGUAGGGUCCUAUGGAAGAGGCUGGAAAGAAACAUUACAAAAACAUAUGUAAACAGUCUCUUGGUUUCAUUUCAGGCCAAUCUGUUUCAGCCUCUAUCUAAAUGCUCUCCUUGGUGCACUUCUUGAGGAAGUGGUCGGGGGCUUAAGGCACCUCGAGACAUCUUGUAAGGUCAGGAUAUACUAACCCGGGAUAAGGACCAGCGUCUAAACUGAUUUCCCUUCUGUAGGGUCAACAACCCACACUAAACCAUUGCUGCUCUGAAGGAGAUGCGUUUCACUCGUCAAUCCCUGAUUUUCAAUCAGUUCUGAUCAUAAUAAGAACAGGAGGCAGUCCCUAACUCAUAGAUGCGUGUACUCCGAGGUGGACAUGCCAAUUUAUACACUCAUAAUAGUUGAAUAUGGCUCCCUCACUGCUUCCCCUGAAACUGGGGAGGACAUGGGGAGGAUGGGAGGUGCCUAAUAAUAAUAAUAAUAAUAAUAAUAAUAAUAAUAAUAAUAAUAAUAAUAAUAACAACAACACCACCACCACCACCAACAACAACAACUUUAUUCUUAUAUCCCACCACCAUCUCCCUAAGGGACUCCUGGUGGCUUAGAAGCGGUACCAGGCCGAGUACAACAGGCGAGGGAAGGAGGGACAGCGCCUAAUAGUAAUAAUAAUAAUAAUAAUAAUAAUAAUAAUAAUAAUAAUAAUAAUAAUUUUAUUCUUAUAUCCCACCACCAUCUCCCCAAGGGACUCCUGGUGGUUUAGAAGCGGUAUAUUAUUUUAUUCUUAUAUCCCAGCACCAUCUCCCCAAGGGACUUCUGGUGGCUUAGAAGCGGUACCAGGCCGAGUACAACAGGCGAGGGAAGGAGGGACAGCGAAUAAUAAUAAUAAUAAUAAUAAUAAUAAUAAUAAUAAUAAUAAUAAUAAUAAUAAUAAUAAUUUUAUUCUUAUAUCCCAGCAUCAUCUCCCCAAGGGACUCCUGGUGGCUUGGAAGCGGUACCAGGCCCAGUACGACAGGCGAGGGAAGGAGGGACAGCGCCUAAUAAUAAUAAUAAUAAUAAUAAUAAUAAUAAUAAUAAUAAUAAUAAUAAUUUUAUUCUUAUAUCCCACCACCAUCUCCCCAAGGGACUCCUGGUGGUUUAGAAGCGGUACCAGGCCGAGUACAACAGGCGAGGGAAGGAGGGACAGCGCCUAAUAAUAAUAAUAAUUUUAUUCUUAUAUCCCACCACCAUCUCACCGAAGGGAUUCUGUACGACUUACAAGCGGGACCAGGCCCAGUACAACAGGGUUUACAAACUAAAAACACAUUUAAAACAUAAAUAGCAGAAUAUAAAAGCAACCAUGGAAAUAAAUCAAAACAAACCUCAAUAACCAGAACCAGGGAUAAGGUGAGCAAGAUGAGAAACUGGAGAGGGCUUGUGCAAAAAGCAAACAAUAAGGCCAGGGCUGAGGUAAAGUGCAGAGUUCACUCCAAUGGUUUCUUUGGACUGGACAUUCAAAGGCAGGGGCCUAACCAUUAUCAAGCCUACAGUGGAACAUCCAGGUUUUGAAGUCCCUGCUUGAAAGGGGGACAGUGGGUGCUCCAUAAAGGGGAGCAGCCUCGUCGGGGGUCCACGCUGCCCUUCUCACCCCCACUCACUCGUCCUUGGCUUCGUCUUAUCUUCGGUUUGGAAUCCGCGGGAAGGAAGGCAGUGCCGCCCUUUCUUUCCCUCCCUCCCUCCCUAGUCCUUGCCUCUGGCGGACACCAUCAUCGUGAUCAUCAUGAUCAUCAUCAUCAUCAUCAUCUCCUCGCCCACUAGGGGAAAGCGGGUGGCCAGGAACCGUCCUGGGCUUGUCCUCUAGGCUUCCCCCCUCCCUCUCUUUUCUUCUUCUCUUUCCAUUUCCUGAUCCGGGCUCUGCCAACCGCUUAGCAAUUGGCCCUGCCGGUCAGGUGGUGGGGGUGGCAUGGGUGAGUAUGUGGAUCUGUUUGGUUCCAGAUGAAGGGAAGGGAAGGGGGGGUCUUGAGGGGGGAGCGUAGGCCCAAACUUUGGCAGCUAGCGCUUGACAAACAGAAAAAAAAGAAAGAAAGAAAAGGGGGGGGGGUGAGGAGAGGCAGGGAGGAAGGAAGGAAGGAGGGAGGGGAGGAAAGAGGAAGGGGGGAGAGGGGAGAGGAGGAGGGGAGGGGCCUCGCCGAGCCCAGAAAAACGACAACGCGAGAAAAAUUAGUAUUUUUGCACUUCACAAAUUAAUGACCAUGAGUUCGUUUUUGAUAAACUCCAACUACAUCGAGCCCAAAUUCCCUCCUUGCGAGGAAUACGCGCAGCUCGGCGGCGGAGGGAGCGGCGGAGGCGGGAGCAACUACCACCACCAUCAGCCCCACCAGCACCACCACCAGCACCACCAUCCCCAGCAGCUGCGCCAGGCUCAUCACCACCCGGUGCCCGAUUACUACCAGCGUCCGAACAGAGGGCCGGGAUACCAGGCUCCUCCGCAGCCUCCUCCGCAGCCUCCUCAUCCUCCUCCUCCUCCCCCGGAGUCGCUCUACCCCGCUCCGCCGAGCCACUACCCCGAGUCUCCUUACAGCUACACCGGCCUCGGCUCUGCUGCUACCCCGGGACAGGACCCGCCACCGGCUCCAGGAGUCUCCCCUCCGCCGCCUACGCCUCCUGCUCCCGCCCCUCCUCCGCGGAAGGGCCACCAGACCUUGCUCCAAGGCCACGUCCCCCCUCCUCCUCCUCCGCUUCCUCCCCAGCGCCAUUGCGAGGCCGCCCCCGGAGCCAGCCCCGUGUCCUGCCCGCUCUUGGCCCCCGAGAAGAGCCUGCAGCCGGGCCUCAAAGCAGGGAAAGAGCCCGUGGUCUACCCUUGGAUGAAGAAGAUCCACGUGAGCACGGUCAACCCCAAUUACAACGGAGGGGAGCCCAAAAGGUCCCGAACCGCCUACACCAGGCAGCAAGUCCUGGAGCUGGAGAAGGAGUUUCACUUCAACCGCUACCUGACCCGGAGGCGCCGCAUCGAGAUCGCCCACAGCCUCUGCCUCUCCGAGCGGCAGGUGAAGAUCUGGUUCCAGAACCGGAGGAUGAAGUGGAAGAAGGACCACAAGUUGCCCAACACCAAGAUGCGCUCCUCCAACCCUCCCAGUCUCAACCAGCAAGCCAAAGCACCGCACCACCACCAAUCCCCGGCGCCCCCACCGAGAGGCAGGGCGACCCCAAACGCAGCAGCCCUAUGAUGUCCCCACAGACUCAGGGAGACCUCCUGCCACACCUGCUUCACGUUUGCUCCGAGGACCAAAGAACUAUCCUGAAUUGAUCGAAGGGGAAAUGACACCAGGACAAAGCAGAAAUGCCCAGCAUGGGGCGCCUGUGUUGAACCCAAAACUGAACCAAACCAAAACUGGAUCCAAUGUUUCCCUUCUGUAAAUGUCUCUUCAUUGCCAUUGAUUAUUAUUAUUAUUUAUGGAAAUGCCAUCUACCUGCAGCAUUAAAGCGUUGUGGAUGGAUCCUGUACCUAAGGAAGGACCCUUUUGUAAAUAUGUUUUCAAAAUGUUUCUGAGUGACUUUGUGAGGCUGUGGGUAAAAACCUAUGCUCGUGCUGUUUCGUGGUAUGUGUGUGGACUCUCCCUUGCACAGACAGAAGUCAACCCAUUUCUUUUAAUUGAGGUCUUGUGGGGCAUAGUGGAAAGGGCAGCCCAAGAAUCACAAAGCCCACUGUACUGACUAAGAAAAAAUGUCUUCUGUGUACCAAGCUUUGAAAAAGUAUAGUCUUUGCUUUAGUCCUGAUAUGUUAAUCUCCCCAAUGUUGGGUGUUUUUAAAAACUUUUUUUAAUUGAAAGUACACCAGCACUGCUAUAAAGGCUGAUUCUGUCUUCAUGUCAUGCCACAGUCGAAGUCCCCUGUACAAUGUGCAAAUUAUGUGUAUACAUCUGUGUACGUGUGAUGUGUGUAUAUAUUUAUAUAUCUAUAAUGUCCAGUGCUGUUAAUAAAAAAUAUCCUGUACCAAAAAAAGUCAGAUUAAAAGCACUAGACACACCAGGAAAAGGCAGAAUUUGACCUCUUGGCUUUGUUGGUACCGGAUUGCUGCCUAAAUGCGUAUUGUGUCAUGUACAUUCACACAGGUACCUAUUUCUCAGAUUGGGUCCAGCGGUCUCAGCGAUUCCACCCCAAUACUAACCACAUUGAGAUUUUGGAAUCAUAAUAAAUUCCACAACAAUGAUUUACAUGGAGGAUUGUGCCUCAAACCCCCAACAAACCAAAAAGCGAGAGUGAGUGCCACUGAAAUAAAUUAGAUUUGAAAUGAGUGGA